AUGGAUUUGUUGCAGUCAGAUGAUGAGGAACAGGAAAUCCUUCAAAUAUUAGCAGAGAAUGGAAUAAAAAUAACGAAUUCUAAGAAAAAACAUCAGAGCCGGAUACAAAUUUUAGAGAACAUUUUAGUAUACAAACCAGACAACGAACUCCUUCAUGCGAUUAAUAUAGCAGCCGAAUCUGAUCCUUCCUUUAAGUGCCCAAAAGAAUCCCCUUUAGAAGUUGAUGUACAAGCGUCGAACUUGGAUUCAUUACUUAGUGUUGCUACUGAAAAUGGUCCUGAAAUUGAAUUUGAAGACACAUUUUCUGUUACCGGGAUUGAUGAAGGUGCCCCUAAAUCGAAUGCUAUUAUUAAAGUAUGCGAAGCUUCGGAAGGUGUCAGUGAAUUGGAAAUCACGCAUUUUGCUACCAAUGAUAGUCAAACAAUUGGAGUUGUAGAAUUGAAUGACUCUACUGAACCGAUUAUAGACACAGAAACAUUGGUUGUGGAAUCUGGACUUGAAACAAUUGACACUGAAGAACCAGAGAACAAGCCCAAACGCAGAAAACAUGCUGCUUGUACAGAAUGGCAAAGAAAUAUAACGAAAGAAAAGAGAAUGCGGGGAGAGUUAUUCAGGAUAUUCCAGAAAGGAAAAACAGGUUACGACAGCAUUACCAAGCCAAAGAAGGAUAGGUGUGAUGUUUGCUGUGGUUAUGAAACCAAAAACGUGACAGAAGAAGUUUACAAAAAACAUAUUGAGAAGAAAAAGGCUGCAAGACUAGAAAAAGAAGCUGAUAAAAAGUUGGCUAUUGAUGGAAAAAUUACGGUACUUACUGUAGAUUUGCAGAAGGAGAAGGUUUGUCCCAAAGUUCAAGCUAGUGCUGUCUAUUAUAAGACAAAGCUUUGUUGUCAUAAUUUUACAGUUUACAACUUAGCAACUCACGAAGUAACCUGUUAUUGGUGGCAUGAAUGUGAAGGCGAGCUACAAGCAUCCAACUUCGCUUCUUGUCUAGUAGACUACAUACAAGAGAAGGUUCCUAAAACUAUUCCACUAGUUAUUUUUAGUGAUGGAUGUACAGCCCAGAAUUGA